CGCCCCGGAACCGCUCCCGCCCCGCGCUCACUUCCGCUGGGGCCGGGGGCGGCGGGGCCGGGACCGGGACCGGGCCGGGGACGGGGACGGGGACGGGGCAGCAGGCGCGGCGGCACCAUGACGGACUCCAAGUACUUCACCACCACCAAGAAAGGGGAGAUCUUCGAGCUGAAGGCCGAGCUCAACAGCGACAAGAAGGAGAAGAAGAAGGAGGCCGUGAAGAAGGUGAUCGCCUCCAUGACCGUCGGCAAGGACGUCAGCGCGCUGUUCCCGGACGUGGUCAACUGCAUGCAGACGGACAACCUGGAGCUGAAGAAGCUGGUCUACCUCUACCUGAUGAACUACGCCAAGAGCCAGCCCGACAUGGCCAUUAUGGCCGUCAACACCUUCGUCAAGGACUGUGAGGACCCGAACCCGCUGAUCCGGGCGCUGGCCGUGCGCACCAUGGGCUGCAUCCGCGUGGACAAGAUCACCGAGUACCUCUGCGAGCCCCUGCGCAAGUGCCUGAAGGACGAGGACCCCUACGUGCGCAAGACGGCGGCCGUCUGCGUGGCCAAGCUCCACGACAUCAACGCCCAGCUGGUGGAGGACCAGGGCUUCCUGGACACCCUCAAGGACCUCAUCUCGGACUCCAACCCCAUGGUGGUGGCCAACGCGGUGGCGGCGCUGUCGGAGAUCGCGGAGUCGCACCCGAGCAGCAACCUGCUGGACCUCAACCCCCAGUCCAUCAACAAGCUGCUCACCGCCCUCAACGAGUGCACCGAGUGGGGCCAGAUCUUCAUCCUGGACUGCCUGGCCAACUACAUGCCCAAGGACGACCGGGAGGCGCAGAGCAUCUGUGAGCGGGUGACGCCCCGGCUGUCCCACGCCAACUCGGCGGUGGUGCUCUCGGCGGUGAAGGUGCUGAUGAAGUUCAUGGAGAUGCUCUCCAAGGACCUGGACUACUACGGCACGCUGCUGAAGAAGCUGGCCCCGCCGCUGGUCACCCUGCUGUCCGCCGAGCCCGAGCUGCAGUACGUGGCUCUCCGCAACAUCAACCUCAUCGUGCAGAAGAGGCCCGAAAUCCUGAAGCACGAGAUGAAGGUGUUCUUCGUCAAGUACAACGACCCCAUCUACGUCAAGCUGGAGAAGCUGGACAUCAUGAUCCGCCUGGCUUCCCAGGCCAACAUCGCGCAGGUGCUGGCAGAGCUGAAGGAAUACGCCACGGAGGUGGACGUGGAUUUCGUCAGGAAGGCGGUGCGAGCCAUCGGCCGCUGCGCCAUCAAGGUGGAGCAAUCGGCGGAGCGCUGCGUCAGCACCCUGCUGGACCUCAUCCAGACCAAGGUCAACUACGUGGUGCAGGAGGCCAUCGUCGUCAUCAAGGACAUCUUCCGCAAGUACCCCAACAAGUACGAGAGCGUCAUCGCUACCCUGUGCGAGAACCUCGACUCCCUGGAUGAGCCCGAGGCGCGGGCUGCCAUGAUCUGGAUCGUGGGCGAGUACGCCGAGCGCAUCGACAACGCCGACGAGCUGCUGGAGAGCUUCCUGGAGGGCUUCCACGACGAGAGCACCCAGGUCCAGCUGCAGCUGCUGACGGCCAUCGUCAAGCUGUUCCUGAAGAAGCCCACCGAGACCCAGGAGCUGGUGCAGCAAGUCCUGAGCUUGGCCACGCAGGACUCGGACAACCCCGACCUGCGGGACCGCGGCUACAUCUACUGGCGCCUGCUCUCCACCGACCCCGUGGCCGCCAAGGAGGUGGUGCUGGCCGAGAAGCCCCUCAUCUCCGAGGAGACCGACCUGAUCGAGCCCACGCUGCUGGACGAGCUCAUCUGCUACAUCGGGACCCUCGCCUCCGUCUACCACAAGCCGCCCAGCGCCUUCGUGGAGGGGAGCCGAGGGGUGGUGCACAAGAGCUUGCCCCCGCGAACGGGCUCGAGCGAGAGCGCCGAGAGCCCCGAGGCAGCCCCUCGGCGGGCAGGGGCGGAGCAGCCGGCCGUCAUCCCCGCGCAGGGAGACCUGCUGGGAGAUCUGCUCAACCUGGACCUGGGCCCCCCGGUCAGCGGGCCCCCUCCCGCCUCCUCCGUGCAGAUGGGUGCCGUGGACCUCCUGGGAGGGGGCCUGGACAGCCUGAUGGGGGACGAGUCGGAAGGGCUGCGCAGCGAUGUGGGAGGCAGCCCCGCCAUGGGAGGCGGCGGUGGCUUCGCGGCACCCGGCCCCGCGGUGCCGGCCAGCAUGGGAGCGCCCCUCGGCAGCGGCCUCGGGGACCUCUUCGACCUCACCGGCGGCGUGGGGACCCUGUCAGGCUCCUACGUGGCUCCCAAAUCGGUGUGGCUCCCUGCCAUGAAAGCCAAGGGGCUGGAGAUCUCCGGCACCUUCAGCCGCCAGGUGGGCUCCAUCUCCAUGGACCUGGUGCUGACCAACAAAGCCCUGCAGGUCAUCGACUUCGCCAUCCAGUUCAACCGAACAGGUAGGGGUUUCGGCCUGGCCCCGGCCGCCCCCCUGCAGGUCCACGCGCCGCUGGCCCCCAACCAGUCGGUGGAGAUCUCGCUGCCCCUCAACACGGUGGGCUCCGUCAUGAAGAUGGAUCCCCUCAACAACCUGCAGGUGGCGGUGAAGAACAACAUCGACGUCUUCUACUUCAGCACCCUCUACCUGCACAUCCUCUUCGUGGAGGAGGGAAGAUGGGUGAAGCGGCAGAUGUUCCUGGCCACCUGGAAGGACAUCCCCAACGAGAACGAAGCCCAGUUCCAGAUCAAGGACUGCUCCCUGGCGCAGGUGGACGCCGCCAGCAGCAAGCUGCAAGGCAGCAACAUCUUCACCAUCGCCAAGAGGACGGUGGAGGGGCAGGACAUGCUCUACCAGUCCCUGAAGCUCACCAACGGCAUCUGGGUGCUGGCCGAGCUCCGCAUCCAGCCCAGCAACCCCACCCUCACGCUCUCCCUGAAAUGCCGAGCGCCCGAGGUCUCCCAGCACGUGUUCCAGGCCUACGACACCAUCCUGAAGAAUUGAGGGGGGGGGCGCAGCAGCCCCCUGCGUGUCCCCCCCUCUCCUUCCAGCCCCAGCACGGAGCCGCCGCUUCCCUGGGCCCCCCCCCUCGGGGCUGCCGACGGGUCCAUCGCCCCCUCCCGGGCUGGCUCUGAGGCCGGAGGGGGACCCCAAAAAUAGGGGGGGUGUCUUGUUGAGGGCCCCCCCCGGGGAUGCUUGCACUGCCCCCAAGGGCUCAAGGCAUCGAAUUUUCAUCUUUGAGUGCUGUUAAAAAAAAAAA